CAACUACUCCUCGAAUCACUUCUGUUGCUAUGUAAUGAUGCAUCGGUGGCUCUCUCAAGUACAUGCCUUAAGUAGAGAACGAAAAAACCUCUGUUCUUAGGUAAUGAAGCAUCGGUGGCUCUGUGAACAUGCUGUAAGUAACAGAAGUACGAUCAAUACUCCUCUAGUCUCAUGACCUAGACGUACCUCGAAUCUCUUCCUGAUUUCCAACACUUCCUCCAGCCACUCUCUCAAAUUUUUCCUGCUUUCACGCUCCACAAUUUUUAGUUUUCGUCCUAGUAACGAUAGACGAAAUUGCACGCAGUUAUCAACUUCUAGUUCAACAUCCUGGAAUCAACAACAAAUUCCUCAUAAAACAUUGGUUUGGAAGAAACUAUUCGAAAACCCCUGUAUCCAACUUGACACUUCCUCUUUCCCUAAAUUUCAAAAUAGUCCUAUCAAGGUGUAAAAAUAGGUAUUGUGCUCGCAGUCGACGUAGACGAGCUUUUUAUUGUACAAAAAUACUGUAUCUGUAACGUGUUGAUGAAGAACAAAUGCCAGAAGACAAUCAAAACAUAUACAAGAACCUCUAUUGAAUUAUACGCAUAUUAAACUCGUCAACUCAUUUUGGCAUCAAUACAAUUAGAAUUAAGCUUCCCCUCUACUCAUUGCAUACUGUUAUUUUCUUGGAUUAUCUACUUCCACUUACUUGUUUGAUCUUACUUGCUUGUAUCCAUCGUCAUCGAUAAAUAAGAAAACACUCCCAGCAUCUAAUUACGAAUUAGUCGUUCUUGUUUUUGUUACUUUUUUAUUAUAUUUACGUAGAGGAGGACAAGAACCUCCCAUACAAAGACAAAGAAAAAUGGUCGUUCAAACCGAAGCAGUCGGAUUGGGACUGCCUCCACUUCCUCCGAGUGCCAACCUCACGCCUCGAUCAGGAGUGCCAAGAAGACCUGCAGGCUCGACGGCUACGCGACCACAACGACGCCCAAGCCUCAUGAUCUCGCCCUUUCGGCGUCGUAACACGGUGCCUUCCAUCGACAUCAAGCCCAAGGACAAGAUAAUUAUCAACACAUCUGAACAGGGCACUCCGCGUCGACGACGCAGCAGUCGCUUCUUCUGCUGCAUCGCACCUGAUGCAAAACAAAUCGCAGCAGAACUUGAGAAUACGGGUGUUCACUUACUUAAUCUACUUAGGUUUGAUGCCUAAGAAUACGAGGUUGAAUUACAGAUUUUUAGGAACAUGAGGACGAUCACCUUUCUUUUCGCUACAACAGAAAAGUGCAAAGAGAUAUAUAUCAAUUUCACUGAAGUUAAAGAUUCUCGAAGGAAAGUAACGUUUCUCCUUUACCAAACAACCACCAGGUGAGGAAAAUGUGUCCCCCGCAGCUCAGAAGCGGUUAUGUGUCGAAUCCUCUGAUUCUGAAAUUGGAAUGAAACCUCGAAGCUCUCCUACUUCCAAGAAGAAAACAGGGAUCAUUGCUAGUGAGGUAAUGAUUAUGAAAGGUUUGAGCCACCACGACUUGUAUUCCUGGUCCACUCUGUCUCUGUCAUCUAAAAACAUAAACAAUUCUAUUACAGUCAGUAGUAGUAGUAGUACCUCUACCAUGAAGUUUUUACAGACGGUUUCUCGUUGUUUACGUUGUUCAUGAUUAUGAUUUUCAUCAACAUCAAAAAUACUACAGGAAAUUUACGUGAAUGAGCUCAAAGUCGCCGCAUUUUUUGGUCGCACGGCAACAAAAAAUGCUACUGCCGAAUCUACCAAGGUACUCAUACAUGUUCACACAUACAGUCAAGAUCUUGAAGAUUGGCUUUUGCCUUUUUAUAAGGUGAAGGCUUAGGUCCAGCAACGCUUAAAGCACAUAAGUAAAGCAACCGGCUAGCUUUGCCUCUAAUUUUAGGCUUAUCCCUUCCUGCAACAUACAUACUUUACAGUCAUUGACUUACUCAAUCUCGUACCUCCUGUGUAAGUCUCUGCUCGACCUCCAAACGCGCAUGAUGAAUAAUCUUGAUCUUCAUUUUAUUAAAAUCGUCCUCACACACCAUCCAUGUAUUUAAAAAUGAUGCAUCACUCACACACCAUUCAGAAUCAUCUUGGCAAGACCCUUUUGGGCAAUGCGCCUGUUAUGUGGGGUAAGGACCGGCCGUCCCUUUCCUCCAGUGAGGAUGAAGCAACGUCGAUCGACGCAAGAAAACUUAAGGCAACAUGAAUAUUACUCGAGAGUUCUCAUUUAUUUUGUAUAAGGAGUAUAUAAAUAUACCAUGAUGAUGAUUUUUCGAUUGAAAAUAUUACUAUCGGACUGCUGCUGUAAUCUUAAUCUAAAUCUAUGUCUUCGAUGAAGAUUAUGUCUUGCUUAACUACCAGCUUGUAGUUCCUUUCUUGCUUCCAUGCACGAAUGAAAGAUUUUCCACCUCUAAUGCCUUUGCGACUUCGACAAAGUUAUCCGCGUCCAGUACCACGGCUUACUCUGGCUCGGGCACAGAGGACGAGGAGGUAGGAGCAGCCUCUUCUUCGAGUACAGAAACCGAUCAGGAAAAGGAAGAUGUUGUUCAAAAAACUAAAGAAGCGAAGACUGUUGUACUAGACGAGGUGAACGAAGAGGACGUGCUUCUAAAGAUGCGCAGAGCACCACUAAUCCAAGUUGAUGGGUUCAGAAAGAACAGCACGGUCAUGCAGCAGUCCUUUUCUUUUCGUGCAGCUGCUCACUCCAUCCGGUCACCUGCAGCUAGAGGCGUCAAGAAGUCCACAUGUCCCACCUUCCCGCCGAGCCGCAGCCAAAAUAUUCGUACUCUACCAUUAUGAAGAGAUCAUGAAGCAGCAACAACUGACAAUCCAACAACAAGCUAGAAAAGCCGGUAGAAUUCGCAAGGGAAAUCUUAGGCAUCUUGCCGAAUAGAUUCAAAUCACCAUGAAGAGACCACGAACUUAUCAACUUUUUUCAUAAGGCUUUAUUUAGCACAUCGUGACCGUCUUAGACUGAGUGCUUUUAUUAGCUCUAGUAGUUGAUGUUGUAGUUCGGUUGUUCGGGAUGCAAAGAAACUAUCGUGUUGCAGUUUUCUGUUGAUAUUAUAUAUCUGUAUACUAUGCAUUUAAGUACCUACACUUUGACUUUUCUCUAAUAUCAGCCGCUCCGGUAAGGACAACAAGGAAGAACACCACGUCCACCUUUCUGACCAUUCUUGGGUACACACUAGUGGGCAUUAGCCUGGUUUCGGUUUCUUUCGUGUUGGGCGUCUUUCUAGGCACCGGGUGCUCAGUCCAGCUGACACAAGAAUUAUUAGGCGUCCUUUUCGUACUGACCGUUGACGUUCUGAACACCGCAUCCAGCAGCCUUGCCGAAGCAGGCAUUAAAAUCAAUGAGACCCUGGACUACUUCGCGACAGCAUCAUUGUCCAUCAAGGUUCACUCUCCUAAUUCUCUUGAGAACGGAGGAACGACAGGAGGAGAAACUACUAGAGUCAUGCUGCGCUUCAGCGACUUGUCCUCGGACUUGCGACAGCAGAGAUCCUCGACUGUAUUCGCGUUUCUGCAGAAGUGGGGCGAAGCGGCAUACAUGCACUUGGAGGAGCACUACUGGCGCUCCUCGGGCUACCUGGAAUCGGUCGCUGAGUACGGCUUCCUCCUUACUUGGCAGCAGUUGACCUCUGGUUGGUAUGCUUGGCGCAUUCUUGGAGUCCUUGCUCUGCAAUUCAUGUCUUAAGGCUCACCUCCGUAAUUCAUCUCGUCCAGAUGAAGCAUCUUUGAUGUUAUCUUUUCAAGUGCGUGGAAAAUGGUCAAAGAUCAUGCACCUGAUGAAGAUGAAUAUCGGUCGUAAGGUCUAAAUUUCCUCUGCUUUUCAAGGCGCGUGCUCGCUCUUCUGCGUGGGCUGGGCUAUUCCUUCGUUUGAGUAUUGGACUCUCUCGAAACCCGCCAGAGAGGCGCUCAAAGCCGCUCUCGGAACGGUCGAUACCUGGGUCACCUUCGCUAUCGCGCCGUUUGCGUCGAUGUCUUCUUUCAUCUGUAUUGGGUACGAGAAGGUCGUUGACCUGGUUCUAGAAUACGGCGUAGAAGCCCCCUUCCGCUUUCUUGUCAGUGACGAACAUAUCAUGGUCCACACAGCCCUUGGCGUGGUUUUGCUCACCUGGGUCUUGCACCUAGUGUACUUCCGAAUCUUCGAAACCCACCAUACGCAAGUGCAGGUGCAUGCGCGCGGUCGCACAACCUAUGCUGCUCCAUCGUGUUAG